AUGAUGCGGUUAGCUGGAUUCCAGUUGUUUAUCUACGUAUCUAAGUGCCUGUGUUGUGACUGUUUUGACGAUAUGGCGCCGAUAGUAGAAGCUUUGACGGAUCCGGUGUGGCUCGGCGAAGGCCCGCACUGGGAUGAUCGGGAACAGGCGUUGUAUUUCGUCAGUAUAUUCGACCACACAAUCAACAAAUAUGUGCCCAGCACCACCAAACACACCAAGGCUAAAUUGGAUGGAAUGCCCACAUUCAUAAUACCAGUAGAAGGUAGGCCUCAGCACUUCGUGGUGGGGCUCAACCGGCUGGUGGUGGAGAUCCAGUGGGACGGUGGUAUGAAUACCGCCAAGGUCGUCAGGACCGUCGCUGAAGUCGAUCAGGAUAGUCCCAAGAACAGAUUUAAUGAUGCGAAAGCUGAUCCAAAGGGAAGACUGUUCGCUGGCACAAUGGGUCACGAAUACGAGCCGGGCAAGUUCGAGCUGAAGAAAGGCUCCCUCUAUCGGAUAGACUCGGACGGGAGCGUUCACAAGCUGGAUUCCAACAUCGACAUCUCUAACGGACUCUGUUGGGAUCUUGAAGAGAAGGCUUUCUACUACGCCGAUUCGUUUGAGUUUGCGAUUAGAAAGUACGACUACGAUGUGAACACGGGCAAUAUCUCGAAUCCCAAGAAGGUGUUCGCAUACAAGGACCACGGGUUGAGUGGUAUUGUGGACGGCAUGACCAUCGACACAGAUGGGAACCUCUGGGUGGCCAACUUCGAUGGCUCUCAGGUGCUCAAAAUUGACCCUCGCUCCGGGAAACUGCUCCAGAAGGUGAAAUUCCCCGCCCCUCAAGUGACGUCAGCAACCUUCGGAGGUUCUGACUUGGACAUCUUGUACGUGACGACAGCCGCCAUGAACCGAGGGGAGGAGCAGAAGCCUCCCUGCGGAGCCACCUUCAGCGUGGCCGGGCUCGGGGUCUCGGGACACCCCAACACGAACGUGCGACUUAACUGA